GAAGACUCUUUCAACGUUGUUUGGUUGGGUUCCAUGGAUUCACCAAAUCCUCCCACACAAAGCCCUAACUCGGUCCGUACUCUUCCCGGCUCGAACCAUAGCCACACCGAUUCGAUUAUCUCAUCGCUUCUUUCGUUUCCAGAUUCUUCUACCAUCUCCAUUAGCUGUUCCUUCGAUCGAGUCCUUGAUAGAGCUCUCGCCUCCGCUUCCGCUGAUGAAUCCGUUCAGGAUCGUCUCGUCGAUCGCACUCUCGAACUCGCAUCGCUUCUUCUCGAUUCCACUAAACGAUGCUUCCGGAAGCGAGCUUCUGUUCACAAUUCCAAUUCAUGGUUCCUCCCUCCAGAACUUACCAUUAAGGUUUUUUCGAUGCUUGAUACAAAGUCUCUGAUGCAAGCAGCUGUGUGCUGCACCAUGUUCAACAAAUGUGCCAUGGACCGUUUAUGUUACUCCCAUAUCGACUUGACAACGUCUGCUAGAUAUGCUGAUAAAGGAGUUGUGUCUACUAUGAUCAAUCGUGCUGGAAAAGAACUCAGAUCCCUCAAACUUGGUCGUGUUGUUCGUACAGCUGGAUCUGAUUCUACUGCACCUUUGCUUAGCGGAUCUUGUCUUUCCCCACUAGCAUAUAAUCAUGGCUUUCUUGGGAGUCGCUUGAGAAGCCUGCGGCUUUACAAUCUCAGACCUAUGAAAUACAGGUCCUUAUGCGAUGCGUUGUCAGUUUGUCCAAAUAUCACUGAUCUGAGGAUUGUUGGAUUGUAUAACCUAACUGAGGAGCUAUUUAAUUCACUGACAAAAAAAUGCCGCUUAAUAGAGAACCUGUUCUUAGAGACCUACGGUUAUCCACGUACGUUAGAGACUAAAACAGGAUCAUCAUUAGUGGAGUUUGUGACCAAUUGCCCCAACUUAACGUCCCUAACGCUCAUACGCUUUGGACUAACCGAUGACUGGGCCCGAAAUCUUGCUGAUAGUUGUCGUAAAGUGAAGUACCUGAAUUUGUCCAGAUCACCUACAAUCAAGGGUCGUUUUUUGAGGGAGGUGGGACCUAGCUGCAAAGAAAGUCUACUCAAGACUCUAAUAUUGCGCAACUGCCCUAAACUACAGGAGAAAGAAAUGUUGGAAUUCUGCAACUCACUACUCACAGGGAGCUUCAAAUCCAUUAGGCACAUUGAUGUUUCAAGUAACCGCGGCUUAGCAUCUUCAGACAGGGGCAAGAGAUGUAACAAACCAAACUUUCCUCUGGAGAGGCUGAAAGAAGAAAGAUCAGAUGUCACAUUUGUGGCGGAUUUUCCUCCAUUGCCAAGUUCCGAAAAGCCUUAUGGUGUCUGCGAUGAAGAAGAGUUGAGGCUGAUAGAGAUGAUGGAAGCUGAGGACGAUGAAGUGGACGACGAAGAUGACUCGGAUGAGGAAUCGGACGAUGCAUCGGAUGAGGAUGAGUCAGAAGAUGAGGACAUGGGCUUUAAUAAAUUUAAAAGCAAUAGCACAUAUAAAUACUCUGCAACACGUGCCAAAUUCGUUGCCAAUAAACGUAUGGAUACUCCAAACCCUAAGCGACAGUGCCGUGAUGAUUUCUCCUCCAUCCAAAGCCCUAAUUCUGUUCCUAUAGCUCCAGAUUUCAACCAGAAUGACUUUGAUUCGACUAUCUCCUCUUUUCUUUUGUUACCUGAUUCGCCUUAUGAUUCUAUUGGUUGCUCCUUCGAUCGUGUGCUAGGUCAAGUUCUCGACUCUGCUUCUGAAGCUUCCGGUGAUGAUUCCGUUCGUGAUCGUCUCAUCGAUCGUACUAACAAACUCGCAUUUCUUCUUCUUGAAUCCACCAAACGAUUCUCUCGAAUGCGCUCUACUCACUACAAUUACAAUUCUUGGUCCCUCCCUGAAGAACUCACCAUUAAGGUGUUUUCGGGGCUUGAUACAAAGUCUCUGAUGCAAGCUUCAGCAUGUUGCACCAUGUUCCGCAAAUGUUCUAUAGACCCUUUAUGUUACUCUCACAUUGACUUGAAAAUGGGUGGCAAACGCGUUUUUGAUGAAAUUGUGUGUAGUAUGAUUCACAAAGCUGGAAAAGAACUCAGAUCCCUUAAACUCGGUCGUGUUAUAUCUUCACGCAAAGGAUCUUCGUUCACAAGCACUUGUCUUACCUCAGUAAUUCGUAAUCAUGGGUUCAAUGGUGGUCUCUUGAGAAGCCUACAACUUUACAAUCUCGUAUCGACAGGAACCAAGUCCUUAUGCGCUAUGUUAUCAGUCUGUCCAAAUCUCACUGAUCUUAUGAUUGCUAAUUUUGACAGGAAACAAAUACUAGAGCAAGUACUAAAGACGCUCACUAAAAAUCCUCGCUUGCUAAUAGAGCGUUUAUUCUUACAGAACAAUAUCGACUUAAUUCCUGCAUCAGGCCUAUCGUCUUCAACCGUUGAGGCAUUUGUUACCUCGUGCCCCAGCUUAACUUGGCUAAAGCUCGUAGGUUUUGGACUAAAGGAAGAAACAGCCCGAAAUCUUGCUGAGGGUUUUCCUAAGCUUACCUACAUGAAUCUGUCUAGAACGCCUGGAAUUAGCGGUCGGUUUUUGAGGGAUUUGAGAAUUAACUGCAGAGACAAUACAAUCAAGACUCUAAUACUGCGUGACUGUCCUUCUUUAGAGAGGAGAGAAAUAGGGUAUUUUUUGGAUUCACUUCUCAACGGACACUUCAAAUUCAUUCGACAUAUUGACGUAACAAGUGAAGUUAUUGCUGAUGGAGGCAGGGAAAUUAUCGUAGGAAAGUCUCCACCAAAACUAUGCCAUCAGAGCUGUGAUCUUCUGGAAAAUGGUAGUGGGAAUCUUAAAACAGGACAUAUAGAGUGUAAGUUGGGAGGGCUAAGGCUACUGCCAUUAGCAGUAUGUCUCUUAUCCUCAGAAAUUGACUGUCCAAAUGUGAUGCUGGACUUUGAGAGAUUCACCUUCUGUCCUGAUUCAAGCUGGUAAUCUUUGAGGAUUUUAUUCAUGACUUUUAACCUCUUCUGGGAUGGCUUGACAGAAAAAUAUAAUGUCACACUGAUC